AUGUCGGAUUCAAUCCAGGAGAGGUACGUAGUUGGAUACGCACUCGCAGCGAAGAAAGAGCAAAGUUUCAUACAACCUUCUUUGAUCGAACACUCAAGGAAACGAGGCAUUGAUCUGGUCAAGCUCGAUCCGACGAAAUCGUUGUUGGAGCAAGGUAAGCUUGAUUGCAUAAUCCACAAGCUUUACGAUGUUGAUUGGAAAGAGAAUCUCCAUGAAUUUCGCAACAAAUCUCCCGGUGUCCCUGUCGUCGAUUUGCCUGAAGCUAUCGAGCGAUUGCACAAUAGGGUUUCGAUGCUCGAGGUGAUUACUCAAUUGACGUUUCCUGUAUCGGAGAGCGAAAGAUUCGGUGUUCCGGAGCAAGUCGUUGUUAUGGAUUCAGGGGUUUUGAGCGGCGGAGAAGCUUUAGGGGAGCUUAAGUUUCCGGUGAUCGCUAAGCCUUUGGACGCAGAUGGGAGUGCGAAAUCUCACAAGAUGUUUCUGAUAUACGAUCAAGAAGGUAUGAAGAUAUUGAAAGCUCCGAUUGUGUUGCAGGAGUUUGUGAAUCAUGGUGGUGUGAUCUUUAAGGUCUAUGUGGUUGGAGAUCAUGUGAAAUGUGUUAAGAGAAGAUCUUUACCUGAUAUCUCUGAAGAGAAGAUCGGAACAUCGAAAGGUUCACGUCCGUUUUCGCAGAUAUCGAAUCUUACAGGUCAAGAAGACAAGAACAAAGAGUAUGGAGAGGAUAGGAGCUUAGAGAAAGUGGAGAUGCCUCCAUUGAGUUUCUUGAAAGAUCUAGCAAUGGCGAUGAGGAAAUCAAUGGGUCUCAAUCUCUUUAACUUCGACGUGAUUAGGGAUGCAAGAGAUGCUAAUAGGUACCUUAUAAUUGAUAUUAACUACUUUCCUGGAUAUGCUAAGAUGCCUUCUUACGAGCCUGUAUUGACGGAGUUCUUCUGGGACAUGGUCACAAAGAAGAAUCAUGUCUGA